AAUAAAGCUGACAAUAACUGCCUCCUUUGGAAUCACUAAAAUGGGCAUUCUCCAAUUCAUACAAGAGCACCCAAAUCCAAUUGGCGUUGCAUUGGCUCUGGGGGCGAUUUCCAUUUCUGUGGUCUACAUAUUCAAGGGAAGAAGAUCGAGAGCCAAAUUGCUGAGUUAUGUGGAGGACGAUUAUGGAGGCGUCAAAGUGGAAAUGAAAGAGGCUAUGGACUCCGCGACCUUUGUCUCCAUGCUCAGAGCUUCGAUUUCACACUGGAGAGAGCAGGGCAAGAAGGGUGUGUGGAUCAAAUUACCUAUUGAACUCGUAAAUCUUGUAGAACCUGCUGUCGCGGAAGGAUUUUGGUAUCACCAUGCGGAGCCGAAGUACCUAAUGCUUGUGUAUUGGAUUCCACAAAGUGCUCAUACCAUUCCAGCAAAUGCGUCGCACAGAGUAUCUGUCGGUGUAGUUGUUAUGAAUGAGAAGGACGAGCUGCUCGUUGUACAAGAGAAGACUGGAACGUUUGGAGGGACUGGUGUUUGGAAGUUCCCGACGGGUGUUGUUGAUGAGGGAGAAGACAUAUGUGCAGCUGCUGUAAGAGAAAUUAAAGAAGAGACUGGAAUUGAUGCCGAAUUCGUGGAAGUCUUAGCAUUCAGGCAAAGUCAUCGGAUGUUCUUUCAGAAGUCGGGCUUAUUUUUCGUCUGCUUGGCGCGACCUCUAUCCUUUGACAUCUGGAAGCAGGAUUCGGAGAUAGAGGCUGCUCAGUGGAUGCCAUUCCAAGAAUACGCAAAGCAGCCAUACUGCCAAAAAACCGAGGUUGUCCAGUACGUCAUAGAGAUAUGCUCAGCAAAGAAGAACGGGAAGUAUUCUGGAUUCGCUCCGGUACCAACGACAUCAAGCUUCUCUGACCAAAAGAGCUACUUGUACUUGGACAGCCAUUUCCGUCGCAGGCAGUAAGUAGGAGCAUGCGAAUGCUGAUGGAUCUGAAAAGGAUCUUCGGACUCAUAGGUUCCAUUGAAACUGUGCACAUCGUAUGGUCGGAGACAUUGUAGAGUGCGAACGGUGUCUCUUAUGGCAUUCAUGCCCUUGAUCGAAUGAGAUUCCAUGUCGCGUCGCAGGGCAUAUCUCGGUCUUACGGAAGCCUCUGGAGUUUCUAUGACUGAACCUUCUCUCCCCGUCUCCUACGCCAGUAGUCGGGUGGAGCUUUUAUGCGAGAAGUCCUGUUGUUUUCUACACAUUGAAAUCAUUGAUUAAGAUUCA